AUGCCUAACUGCAGUAUUACAAAUAAUAGUCCGUGUUUUUCAACUUCUGAUUUGGGAAGUACGAAAUCAUCUUCAAGAAGAAAUCAGUAUUUUGUUCCAAAUCUACUAACCCCAUCAGAUAUGACAAAAAAUCGGAAAUUUCAAUUAAAAGCCACCCAAUCUGCUGUACUUCCACCGAAUCAAUCUACUUCAUCCAAUAAUUUGAUGAAUAACCCAACACAUUGCAGCACAAAUCGAGUACAGGUUACAGUUAAAAAAUUGACUACACCAUCCUCGCCUUCUAUUCAUUCAGCAGAUUCAUGUAGUCAAAUGAACAGAAUAAAUCUUGAUUCAGUGGCAUCCUACGCUCAAGCUGAUCCAAUAGAAACACAUGAUUUAGUUGUAGCUAAAAUGGCUGCAGAUGGAGUUGUUUGGAUACCAUCAUCGAAUACGAUUAAUAGUACAACUACUGAGCUAGGGGAUCACCGAUCCAUACUGCCGAAAACUGAUCAGUUAAGAUGGUAUUCUGAAGAAAUUGAAGAAGAAAAGGUGAAGAAUGAUUCUAUGGUAAAGAGGAACUCAAUACCACAGUCUCAUGAUUCUACGAAACAUGACUCUUCGGCAACUCAAAAUGGUCUUCCUAGAAGCAAUAGUUUAACUGGAAAUCAAUCUGUAUCUAUGCAUUCACCAAGCUCAUCUUGUAACCCAUCAUCUUCAAGACAAAAGGCAUCUUGUCAAUCAAACAGUAAUUCUACAAAUUCACAAUCUGGCUCAACUGAAUCCUCUACGAAACAAUGUGAAUUGGAGGCUAAAUUAGAGGAAGCAAUGAUCAUUCGUAAACAACAAGACGACUAUAUCAAGCAAUUACAAAUGUACUAUGAUAAUCUUUUAACUAAGCAUGCUUUAGCUGAAGUCACCAUAGAUCAAUUACGUAUGGGUAUGCGCGUCGGUAUUGAUGUCAACGAUGCGGAUAUCCCGCGGAAUACAUUGAAUAAACCAAGAUCACAUAGUAUGCAAACGUUACACUAUAAUCACAAGAUUAUUUCAGAUGAAAAUUGUACUCAAGCUAAUGGUUAUCAAAAUGAAAAUAAUUCUAACAAAAAUACUACUACUACUACUGUACAUUAUUCUUCAACACCAUUAUUAGAACAACAGAGAAACAGAAUGAAAAGAAACUCAUCAGUUCAUGAUGAGAGAAUUUUAUCAACAACUUCUGAAAGUUGGGAGACUGGACUAGGAAGUAUAAGCAAUUCCAGUCAAAUGGUUCAGCAUAGUAAUAUUUCUAAUACGAAUACGUUGAGUAAUGGUAGGAAAUCUUCAUGUAGUCAGGAUCAUACCGUCGUUAAUGAAAACAUGCAUACAAAUCUUUCUGAUCAAAAUAAUUAUAGAAAAAUCUCUGACCCUUCGCCAUCUAGAACCAGUCUCCACUAUGGACACUCGGAUGAUCAAAUACAAAAAUCAAACAGUUGCAGACGGAAUACAACUACGACUUCGUCUUUCGGCAUUAAACAGCAACAGCAUAUGGAUAUACAAACAUCUGCUAGUAGGAAUAACAGUUUUACAGAAUCAGAACCAAGACAUGAUGAAGAUGUCGGAGAUGAAGUUAUUAUCAACGAAGAAGUUAUUGACAUUACACCUACAAAUAUGUAUGGCUCUCCGAAUCAUGAACAACCAACUUUAAAAAAAGAUCAGAUACAAAUUGCAGAUAAUGUAGUUACUGAUUUUCCUGACUUCACUACUGUUUCACCAUCAACAAAUACUAAUUCACAUUUGAAUGAUAUGAUAUGUGGUCCUGAAGCUGUACAAAUGGAACUAUUGUUACGUGUUGCUGACUUGCAAACACGCCUAUCUACACUGGAGCUUUUUGCUACUCAACAUCAUUUUAUCCAAGAAUCAGAUUUAAUGACAAUACAGUUAGAUUAUGGGACGUUGAAAAAUUUCUAUGAUUUGGCUAAAAUCCGUUGGGCUAAUGAUUCCUACUUUGAUGCCAAUAAAGUCCUUAUAUGUGAAUUGGAUCAUAUAGGUGACCAACUGAACAAAUUAGGAAGUUAUGCUACUGAAGCUGUCUUAUCACCAUCUUCUUCAAAUUCUUCAUCACCUGCACCAUUGCCACCACAUCAACCAGCUUCAGUAUCUGAUCUUCCUACCAAUUGGAGAGAUUUAAACAUUUUCAAACUUUCUGAUCAAACAUCUUCAAGUGAACAUAAACCUGUUAAAAAUACUACAGACAGUGGUGUUUUAUCAUCUCCAUCAUCUUUGCCAAGUCGUUCAGAACAUGGUCGGUUAUCUUCUAUAUCCCUUUACAGUCUCCGAUUGUUGAAGAUUCACUAUCAGAACUUGAAAGUGUUUAUUUCGAAUUGA